UAGGGAAUUGGUAAGUUCAGUUUACGGAUUUGGUCAUUGCUCAAUAGUCAAUGUUYAUUCUUAUUAUUCUUAAUUUUUUAUCAGUUAUUCAGUUGUCAUUUUGUCAAUACUCAUUAGUCAUUACUUAUUUACUCAAUGCUCAAAAUUAAAUAGUCGGUCAUUACGAUUAAAUUCACCAGCAUAAAUUAUAUAAUAAUAUGUAUUAACUUGUACUACGCUUGUGUAUACGCCUUUAUUAGUUAAUUUUUUGUCUGUCUCAACUCAUAAGUUGACAACCGUUUUGAUUUGAAAAUUGUUUUCUUUACAUCCAACAUCAAUGCGUAGUAAAGAAACCGUUAAAUCAUGUUUAAUGUUUGAUGUGAUUUAUGAGUUAUUCAAUAACUGGUCAUUUAAUUAAUAUUUAUGACAUUUUAAAUUGAAAAUUUUCUGAUAACUAAAUUUGUCUUGUGCAAUGUUGAGGUAGUUGUUAGUUAAAUCCUAAUAAACCUGAUUUAUAAUAUAUAAUAUCAAUAAUAGCAAACUAACUAAUUUUACAAAAUAAAUCAAAAUGAAAAAAUCUUCUAAAAUGCGUUUAAAUACCAAACCAAAACAGAUUGAAAAAUCAGAAAUCAAAUUAGCUGAUGAAAACUCAAGUAAAAUCAAAACAUCGAUAGAAAAUAAGUCAGACAAAGAGAAUUAUAAUUUUUCUGAUUCUAGUUUAGAAUUAUUUGAUACAUUUAAACCUAGAUCAAAAACAAAAAUUAAUUCUAAACAAAGAAUAAAUAAUAAUAUUAAUGAUAAUCAUAUUAAUUUUCCCAAAGAAUUUGACAUAGAGUCAAAAAAAUGUAUAAAUGUUGAUGUAUCAAUUUAUAGUAUCAGUUCUGGUUCAAAUGAGAGUUUCAAAUCAUUUACAAGUUUACUAUCUGACCGCCAUAUUCAGAAUAUUAAUUUAAAAGAAAAUUUAUCUUGUUCUGAAGACAGUUUUUCUAAAAUUAAAUGCAAGGAUGAAAUUAAAAAUAAUUAUACUACACCGAUAAAAAAGCAUAGUCAAAUCAAUCAUCUCUCAGAAUCUACUAAGCUUUUAGACCGCAUCUAUGGUAAAAAAUGGCGAAGUAUUGAUGGAGUACUUCGAAAUUCAAAAACAAAGAAUUUAACUGAUGAACUCUAUGAAGAUAAUAAUGAGGGCUAUAAUGAAAGUUUUUCAAGCACAAAUGAAAUUAAAAACUUGCCACCUUGUGAAUUUUCAAAAAAACAUCAAGAAUACAGUAUUCAAAAUAAAGUGGAUGAUACUUCGAUAAUUUUAGAAAAUUUCAGUUUAUCUAAUGAUAAAAAUGAUAUAACUGAUCAGUUACAUAUUAUUCAUCCUUCUGGAAGUCAAAUAAAUUAUAAGUAA